CCUGAUAAAUUACCCAGCUAUUCGAUUUAAUAUCGACAAUCGAAAAACAACAAAAAUCGCCAGGUAUCCCUGCAGUGAAAUCAGAUGUUUUGUUAUUCCAACUUUAAUGUACAUAAGUGCAUACAAAAACCAGCUCUAAUUAAAGCGGCGUUCUCACGUGGUUAGCUAAUGAAAUGCUCAAGAAUUUUAUAAAUAUUAAAGCGAGUAUGCUUAAAUCGAGUGUAAUCUGCAUUCAUGCCCACAGAAGAUGCUUGUCAUACUUCUCAAGUGCAUUCAACAAUUUAGCAAAUCAAGUUCCACAAAAUGUACCCAACCAAAGAAUCAAUAACUUGGAUUUAGAUGUUUUUGUUAACCAGGACCAUAAGCAAAUGGAUUUAUUGGACAAACUAACAAAACUCAGAAAACUGAAGGAUUGCACCGCUGUGCCGCUUCUACCGAAUAUAUUGGCAAAACAACUAGUCGACUUUUCCGGCCCACAAGAUGCAGUUAACGUUCUACGGAGCCCUUUGCAGUAUGGAAUAUUCAUUGAUAAGUUUACAGGAUGCCAUUUAAUAGACCAUUUGUUGCACGCUGGAAACACCCGAGAAGCGGCACAAAUAGCAGCUCUACUUGUGGAACGAGACUUAUGCAACAACGAGCUGGUCGCUGUACUUUCUCUAAAAUCGUUUUACACCUUUUUAAAGAACUACCAACCAAGCCUACAAGAAAAGUCUGAGGACUCAGAAGUGGAAAAAGUUCGUGUGAAAUUUCUGCGCAACUCCUUUGAGAAUACAAAUGCGAAAACAGAAGAAAAACAACUCGGCGAAGCCCUGAUUAAGUUAGGAUCCAGUGCGAGUCUAGAAAGGACACUUGCAAAAAAUGCAUCAUUGCUUGGCUUUGUACUGUGCGAUCGCUAUGCUGAAGCAGAAGAGUCUGUUACCCAGGACAGUGACGUUUUAUAUAAAGACGUUUUGCAGCUGUGCCGUAAAAUAGUUGACAUCUUGGAAGCGCAAAGUAAUCCUGAGUUUAAGAAUCUACUGGACGAAACACUUAAAAAAUGUACACAAACUGAUUCAUUUGAUGAGGUUUUAGAUGCCCGCGUUAAGCAUUGUGCCGCAAGCUUUGAGCCACAGCUCAUGUCAGAGUACGCCAAAAGUUACCAAGAGUGGGACGCAAGGUUUCAGCGCGCCGUAGAAGAGCAAACUAAAAUCCAGGAUACAAUUAACCGUGUUGAAAGCAUUCAAAAUACAUUGGAAACAUUAAAAUCGAGGCGCCAAAACCUUUGGUUUUUCGAGAACAAAGAAGAUAUCGACAUUCAAAUUUACAAGAAAAAAGUCUAUUAUCCCAAACGCUGGUUUGGCAAGAAGAAGAAGCCCAAGGCAGUGGACGCGUUCUAUGUACCGCCAAACGUUUCUCGGGGAUACUAAUUGUCGAUGAAUUAGUAUAUGUAUAUGAGAGCAUAUAUGUAGGCCAAAAACGAUUGGAGCCCAGUUUUUUAGAUUUAAUUUAAAUGCUGGCGAAAUAAACAAAGCUUAAAUGUUGUCUCUUUUUUCGAA